ACACCACAAUUCUUGGAAAAACACAUCAUAUUUCUUGGAAAAGCAACUUGAAGGCGUCCUACUAAGAUGGCUAAAACAGGGUUUAUCUUUUUGCUUCUUCUUGUGGCUUCGUUCUUUGAGUUGGCAACAGCCACCAACACUUGUACUUGGGGAUUCUAUAUGUGUGCUAGUAACUCCGUGUGCAUAUCAAGUAGAAACAGAUGUGACGGUUAUGCCCAGUGUACUAAUGGAGAGGAUGAAAGUAACUGCCCGACAAGUUGUUCAGGCUAUUAUUCUGGAUACUUCAGGUGCAGCAAUAAUGACUGCAUAUCUAGGAGUUCCUUAUGCGACGGUAACAAUAACUGCGCUGAUGGGUCCGAUGAAUCCACCGCUCUUUGCGGCGGCACAG